GUAUGUAUAUGAUGACCAAAAAUUGGCGCUCUGUACAGACAGAAGCAAAAUUUCUUCUCACUUAGAUUUCAGACCUAAUCCCGUCUUCUUCCUCUGUAAAAUUUCACAGUAAUGGCGAAUUUCUCACGGGAAUCAUGUCCAUCGAUAAAGAACAUAUUAUUAUUAGAUUCAGAAGGAAAUCGUGUAGCUGUUAAGUAUUACUCAGAUGAAUGGCCAACACAAAGUGCUCAAUUGGGAUUUGAGAAAUCUGUGUUUACUAAGACACAAAAGACUAAUGCCAGAACAGAAGCGGAGAUAGCAAUGUUUGAGAACAACAUCGUUGUCUAUAAGUUCUUCCAAGAUCUACACUUUUAUGUAACCGGAGGGGAUGAUGAAAACGAACUCAUCUUAGCUACAGUUCUUCAGGGAUUUUUCGAUGCAGUUACGCUUAUCCUAAGGAGCAAUGUUGACAAAAGGGAGGCACUCGAAAAUUUGGAUCUUAUCCUUUUAUGCCUUGAUGAGAUUGUUGAUGGGGGGAUAAUUCUUGAAACAGACGCAAGCGUUAUUGCUGGUAAAGUGGAAAGCCAUAGCGUGGAUGCUUCAGCACCUUUAUCCGAGCAGACAAUAUCGCAGGCACUUGCCACCGCUCGUGAACAUUUUACAAGAUCCCUUCUCAAGUGAUGAACCCAUUAUUACCAUUGCUCAUUUUUCUUCCCUUUUCGCGUUUCUUUUCUGUUUUUAUUUUUUGAAAGGUGGUCCAUUUUAAAGAGGAUAAACCGGAUCCCUUACCCCAAUUUGUCUCUUACUAAAACAUGAUCAGCUUUCACAGAUGAAAUUCCAGAGUAGUAGUGUUGUAAUUCGACCUUGAUGAUAUUAUUUCCUUACUUUUUACAAAUUUAUGGUGUUGUUCAUUUA